CAAGUCAUGGAUCUGCCCGCACAUAAAGAAAAAUCCAAAGUUAAAGAGCCUGUCAGCAGAGUUGAGAAGGCCAAGCAGAAAUCAGCCCAGCAGGAGCUGAAGCAAAGACAGAGGGCAGAGAUCUAUGCCCCCAACAGAGUCAUGACAGAACUGGAACAGCAGCAGUUUGACGAGUUCUGUAAACAGAUGCAGCCUCCUGGAGAAUGAGCCGUCACUGUGUUCACAUGAGAUGGGACCCCGGAGGCUUUGUUUGUGUGUUACCAGUUUUAAGCUGAGAUGGCCCAUGUGGAGCCUUACACAACUAGACAAGGAGACGUGUGUAUUCCUCAAACUGGAUAAAUCUGAACUUCCUCUGGGUAACCUGCUUCACUGGUUUCUCCCAUCUGAAUUGGCCCAUUGCUUGCUGAAGAGACUUCUUCUAUUCUUCUAAGAUGAUAGAUUUUUUUUUUUAACCUUUUCUAUUGCUUGGAAAAAAAAAAUCAGUGUUCUUGUGAAACUGUAAAUUUUCUC